CUCCCCUCCGCCUGAUUGUCACCCGAGCGGAAUGCCACAGUUAGCAGAAUCAAACUUUGUUGAUGACCCGGCAUGUGCCUCCUGUCGUUGGGCCCUCAUGACGCGUGAGGCUAAUCAUUCUACUGGAUAGAAAAAGGACACAGUUCAAGCUAGGUCAUUUUAGGAAAGUCGAAGUCAGAGUAACACAAUGCCCAAGAAAAGUAAAGAAGAAGCAGUGUGGGUGGACAGUGAAGUCGCCCCGGCAGCUGCAGAAAAAACUGUGAAAAAGGGGAAGAAAGAUAAAAAGGGGAAAAAAAGUUUCUUUGAGGAUCUUGCCACAGAUGGCAAGCCUGAAGUAGAUGAGGUUGCUGUGAAAGACACGCAAGGAAAACAGUCUCAGAAAAAGAAAAAAGACCGGCGGAAAGUGAAAAGUGGAGAUGAUGAUAAAGAUGAGGAUGUCAUGCUGAAGUUAAAAAAGCUUUCAGUGCAAACAAGUGAUGAGGAAGAUGAGCCAGUCAUCGCCCACAGUAAAGGGAGCAAGAAAGUAAAGGGCGGAAACAUCUUUGCUGCUCUCAGCCAGGGCCAGAGUGAUGAGGAUGAGGACAGUAAUUUGGAUGGGGAAGAGAUACCAACAAAAAAGAGAGCGAAACCUGCUGAACGAUCACACAGUAAGGAGGAAGAUGAGGAGGAAGAGGAUGAGGACAGUGACGGAGGUGACAUGAUGAUGAGUGCUGAGGAUGUCAUCGCAGAGCAGGCCAAGCAGCAGGAGGACGACCCGUUUGCUAACCUUAGUAAAAAGGAGAAGAAGAAGAAAAAGAAACUGAUGGAGUAUGAGCGUCAGGUGGCCAGUAUCCGUGCCCAGAAUGCCUUGGAGGGAGAUUUCUCCAUUUCCCAGGCUGAGAUGUCCUCCAGACAGGCCAUGCUAGAGAACGCCUCUGAUAUCAAGCUGGAAAGGUUCAGCAUCUCUGCUCAUGGCAAGGAGCUUUUUGUCAACGCUGACCUUCUCAUUGUGGCAGGAAGAAGAUAUGGUUUGGUUGGACCAAAUGGCAAAGGAAAGACCACAUUACUUAAACACAUAGCCAACAGAGCUCUCAGCAUUCCCCCCAACAUUGAUGUGCUGCUGUGUGAACAGGAGGUGGUAGCUGAUGACACACCGGCGGUGCAGGCAGUGCUGAAGGCAGACACCCGCCGUCUGAAGCUUCUCGAGGAGGAGAGACAGCUCCAAGCUCGUCUGGAGAAGGGAGAGGACAGUGUGGCUGAAAGGCUGGAGAAGGUCUAUGAAGAGCUCAGGGCUAUUGGAGCUGCAGCAGCUGAGGCCAAGGCCAGAAGGAUCCUGGCUGGUUUGUCAUUUACCCCUGAGAUGCAGAACCGACCCACUAAGAGGUUCUCUGGAGGGUGGAGAAUGAGGGUGUCCCUCGCCAGAGCUCUGUUCAUGGAACCCACUCUGCUGAUGCUGGACGAACCCACCAACCACCUGGACCUGAACGCCGUCAUCUGGCUCAACAACUAUCUUCAAGGCUGGAAGAAGACUCUCCUCAUAGUUUCCCACGACCAGAGUUUCCUUGACGAUGUGUGUACAGAUAUCAUCCACUUAGACAACGAGAAGCUCUACUAUUACAGAGGGAACUACUUGACUUUCAAGAAGAUGUACGUGCAGAAGCAGAAAGAACUGCAGAAACAGUACGACAAGCAGGAGAAGAAACUGAAAGACCUGAAGGCUGGUGGCAAGUCCACCAAACAGGCUGAGAAGCAAACUAAGGAGGCCCUGACCAGAAAGCAGCAGAAAGGAAAGAAGAAGGGAGGUCAGGAGGAGGAAAGCCAGGAUGCCACAGAGCUGCUGAAGAGGCCUAAAGAGUACACCGUCAAGUUCACCUUCCCCAACCCACCUCCUCUCUCACCGCCCAUACUUGGACUACACAGUGUGGACUUUGGCUACGGGGGUCAGAAGCCUCUCUUUAGAAACGUGGACUUUGGAAUCGACAUGGACUCCAGGAUUUGUAUAGUUGGACCCAAUGGUGUUGGAAAGAGUACCCUGCUGCUGCUGCUCACAGGGAAAUUAAAUCCUACUAAAGGUGAGAUGAGGAAGAAUCAUCGCUUGAAAGUGGGCUUCUUUAACCAGCAGUAUGCUGAUCAGCUGAACAUGGAGGAGACCGCCACAGAGUACCUAAUGAGGAACUUCAACCUUCCCUAUCAGGACGGCAGGAAGUGCCUGGGACGUUUUGGCAUGGAGAGCCACGCCCACACCAUUCAGAUCUCAAAACUGUCCGGUGGUCAGAAGGCCAGAGUAGUGUUUGCUGAACUGUCUUGUCGUCAGCCUGAUGUGCUGAUCUUGGAUGAGCCCACCAACAAUCUGGACAUUGAGUCAAUCGAUGCCUUAUCAGAGGCCAUCAAUGAAUAUAAAGGAGCUGUGAUCAUCGUGAGUCACGACGCCCGGCUCAUAACGGAGACUCAGUGCCAGAUGUGGGUAGUGGAGGACAGUUCGAUCAACCAGAUUGAUGGAGACUUUGACGAUUACAAGCGGGAGGUGCUUGAGUCUCUGGGAGAGACCGUGGUCAACAAGGUCAACCCAUGAUCAUGGUGUCCCUCACCGUAUGCUACGUACACACCAGCUGGGACCAGUCGCAUGUGUCUCAAAGCAAUGCUGAUAAUAAAAGCCUCUUUCUGGAG